AAAUAAUUUUAUUUUUAUCAUGCUUUGUAUUUUAUAUAUAUUUUUUGCAGGUAGAAUAGAAAUAAAAAAUAAAAAUAAUAAUAUUUUAUCAGCAAAUAUAAAAUAGUAAAGAAUUGAAUAAAAUUCAACUCGUCGCCCAAUAAAAUGAGAUACCGGAGGAAAUAAAAAUUUUAUUGAAUAAAAGUACUUGGUCAAUUCUCAUAUCCCGUCAAUUUGAAUUUCAUGCUCGACAAAAUCCAGUAUUCAAUAACGAUAUUAAUUUAUUGAACUUUCAUAUCUGUGAGCUCGCGACUUGUAACAUCAGUUUAACAUCUACCUGGAUUUGCAAAUAGAUAAAUAAGUUGAAUAAAAAAAAUAAUAAUAAGAAUAAGUAGCAGCAGCGGCAGCAGACGCUUUAAAAGCUCAAGAUUUUAUCCUUCGACAUCAGUUUGUUUUUGAAUUUCGUCAUCAACGGUACUCUGUUACUCAAUCUCACGGCUACGUCUCUAUUUAAACUGACAUUUAUCUUAUUAAUAAUAAUAAAAUUAACAACAAAAUGAGCCGAGUACCCGGUACAUUAUCAAUAGACUCAUUAAAUUACAACAAUACCGUCCAAACAAGACAUUUUAUUUGUUUGAAUAUUUUAAAAAAUUACUGUAAAUAUUUAUUUGUGUUCAUAACUGUUACAAUUGUUUUUGUAUUUUCUUAUGUGCUGCUCAAAUAUCCGAUUUGUCCAUUAAUCGGCUGGCUCCCCCACAUCAAAUGCGGCAACUAAAUUUUUAAAUUAUUUAUUUUGCUUUUGAUAUAAAUUUAAUGCCAUCAAAUACAUAUAUACAAUGUAGUAAAUUCAUUAUUACAAUUAUUAUUAUUAUUAUUAUUUAGAAUUUUGAGUGAAUGUAAUUUUCUAAUAUAUAAUAAUAACUAUUAUCCAAUUAAAUGGGUGAUGAAUGUCAAUCCGAUGAGCUGAGUACAUUUAAAGUCCAGUGCAAUUUCGCAAUUUAUACUAAUCAUAAUACGCAUCAAGUUGUAAUAGAUGUUAUGAAUUAAUAUAAAAGCCGUUGUAAGUAUCUUCUAUGCGUUACUUUAUUAUUACUGCUACAGAAUCUUAUCUAACUUACCGGGAUGAAGACCCUGAGUUUGAUACCGUUCGUCAUUGGUCUUAUUGGAUUUGACGUUUGUCAGAAAGAGUCACCGGAAGUAUGGAAAUUCGGUCCGGAAUAUAUAUUUCGGGUUGGUGUUAAUUUGUCACUGACUGAUCCGCAAACAAACAAAUUUAUGUGCUCGAAUGUCACGAUUGGUUUGAAAUGUCGGCCAUUCUCGAUCAAAGAGGACGACCGGACUGACGCGUUGCAGUGCCAUGUACGGGAAGCGGAGCUACACAAUUACGAAAUGGACAAUGCGUUGAAAAAAAUGAUAGAGAGCGAGCCUCAGGGUCCGAUGCUGGAUAUCAUCGACGAUAAGUUUGAGAUAAUUUACGAAAAGCGCGGGAUCAAGGCUCUGAAGAUCUCGAGUUCGGUGUCGGAGGCCAAGCUCAACAUGUUCAGGUCAAUUGCCAGUCAUUUGAAUUUCGGGUUCGAUAAGUUUGACAAAGGAGGGGAGAGAUUCGCGUUCGUUGAAGUCGUCGGUCCGGAAAAUUCUACUAUUGGAGAAUGCGAGACGACUUUCGAAGUCUCCAAACAGAUUAAAUUCAAGGGCGUGCGCUGGGACAACAAGUGCGGUGACAAAUUGCAUAUUGAAACGUUUGCUUACGGGGAUAAGAGCCCGAUGAUUGCGAUGGAUAAGACCAGAAAUAUUAAUAAAUGCACCAAGAAAAGUCCCUAUAUGUUUGGAGCCGCUCAAGAAGCAAAAAAUAGACCUCCAGUUUUGAAUAUCACUAUGGUAUCAUCAGUGACGACAUUUGUCGUAGCGCCUUAUGGUUUCCAGUCUCACAGCCAAAACAUAGCAACAGUUGACUUUGAGAAAAAUAAAGGUAACAGUUACGAAAAUAUUGAUCUGUAUUUAGAAUCAAUUGAACCAGCUGCCGAUGAGCUCAAGCGAAUUCCCUCGCCCGUUACUGCGACAUUGUUUGCCAACGAUCCUGCGCGCAAGGAAUAAAAAAAAAAUUAUUUACCCUCAAUGUAUUCAAAUGUGUAAUAAAAAAAUUUUUUAG